UCUCCUUCCCCCGCGCGCCUCUGCUCUCCAUCUUCACCGGUGACAGAUGGAGCAGUUCCAUCACGGCCAGCACGUGCGGCUGCGCAGCCGCGUGCACGGCACGUACCUGCACGCCGACGAGGACGGCUAUGGCGUCAACCUCCGCGUCCGCCGGGCGUCUAUGAACGCGGCUUGGGCGGUGCACCGGUACCCGGACGAGAACGGACAGUACCUGCUCCUCCACAGCGCCGCCUACGGCCACUACCUCGCCGCCACGGACGGACCGGCGCCGCUAGGCCACCGCGGGCUCCGCGUCGAGCAGCGCGACUACGACCAUCCUGAGGUGCAGCCAGUCGUCUGGCAGGCCAUCCUGUCAGAAUCCGAGGAAGAGGUCUACCUCCGCAACAUCGGCGGCGUCUGCCUCCGCGCCAACGGGAGGUACUGGAACACCGACGCCAGCGUCGACUUCGUCGACGACCUCGACAACAUCAGCAGGAAGAUGCUCUGGGUCGUGGAGCAAAUCCCCGCCAGGGAGGUCAUGCCUCCCCUUCCACGUCCGAUUGGGCUUCCCCACCCCAUGUUGCGGUCGCGGAUGAUCAUGUACGUGUGGCGGAACAUCCACGGGGAACUCAUCACCCGCGGCUCGUUCGUGUUCAGUGGGAGGUCCGUGUUCCGCCUGAGGAAGCGGCUAGCCAGGCGGCUGGGCGCCAUGGCAAUCUUGGACGACUCCGAACUCGUCAUGGGCCUCCCCACACGUGAUGGCCGGAUGUUUCCACUCGUCGUCGACCUGGCCAGCAGCGGCGAGACCCUCCACAUCUUCGUCGUCAUCGUCGGGACGCCUGCCCACGCGGCGCUGCGGUACGCGGAUGUCGAUGCAGAGUAGAGAGAUGCCCCUAGAGGUCGCCUUCCUGUCCACCUCUUCAUAUGUGUUGCUGCCUCGGACACGACGACAUAAGAACCCAGUUCCUUUCAUAGAGAUAUGGGUUCAGGAAAACCCAACAGUUCAUGUGUUCCUGCUACUUAAACUUGGUUUGUUCUUCUGA